AAAACUAACUUUUAAGAGCACCACUACAAGAAUCCCACCUCAAAGAUCCUCCUUUAGUCGAACAAUAUCAUCGUCUUUUCAUUCCCACUAUUAAAAACACAACACCAGCCAGCUAAGGGAAAAAGAAAAACCAGAAAGACAGACUAGACCCAUCUCUCUCUUUCUCUGUCUAUGUUCUUCUCCCUUUUGAUCUCCAACACCAACCAAAAGAAAGUCUCAAUUCAUACCAAGGUUUCUUCCAGCGUUUUAUUUAUUGAUCAUGUGGGUCGUCUCUGGUUAAAUGCAUGGAUGGAUACCUUGUUUAGGCUAGUUAGUUUUCAAUCCUCCGACCAGUCUUUCAACUCUGCUACUACUACUAGAACCUCCACCAGUUCCAGAUCUUCUAGAUAUACCAACAACAACAACAACAACUACUUCAACAGUCAUUAUCACUACCAUCACCACCAACCAGGAGGUGGAGAAGAAGAAGAAGAAGAGGAAGAAGAGGAAGAAUGCUGCAACAACAACUUUUACAUGGAUGACGACGACUUCUCUUCUUCCUCUUCCAAGCACUUCUUCCCUUAUCAUCAUCAACAACAACAACAACAGCAACAGAACCCGCACCCAACCACCACUGCCACGCCAACCACAACCACCACUACCGCCUCUAGUAGCCAUGCUGGGGCCUUGGAGCCCAGCAGCGCAGGGGAGUUCGGCUUCUCCCCAGCACCAGACCUCAACCUGCAGGGGUUUGCGUCAGACAAGUGGGCGACCAACCUGCUCAUGGAGACGGCCAGAGCCAUUGCCGACAAGAACAGCGGCCGCGUACAACAGCUGAUGUGGAUGUUGAACGAGCUGAGCUCACCCUACGGUGACACCGACCAAAAGCUUGCCUCCUACUUUCUCCAGGCUCUUUUCUGCCGCAUGACUGACUCCGGGGAGCGCUGCUAUCGUACUCUCACGUCCGCCUCGGACAAGACCUGCUCCUUCGAGUCCACCAGGAAGAUGGUGCUCAAGUUCCAGGAGGUGAGCCCAUGGACCACCUUCGGCCACGUCGCCUGCAACGGUGCAAUCCUGGAGGCUCUGGAAGGCGAGUCCAAGCUCCACAUCGUCGACAUCAGCAACACAUACUGCACCCAGUGGCCCACCCUGCUGGAGGCUCUGGCCACCCGCACUGACGAGACCCCACACCUUCGACUCACCACCGUCGUCGCCAACAAGUCAGCCACCGCUUCUGGAGGAGGAGGAGGAGGAGGAGGAGGAACCUCUGGUUCUUCUGCUGCAGCGGCGCAGAAAGUGAUGAAGGAGAUAGGAAACCGAAUGGAGAAGUUCGCGAGGCUGAUGGGGGUGCCCUUCAAAUUCAACACGGUUCACCACACGGGAGACCUAUCGGAGAUGGACCUUGUGGCUGAGUUGGACCUCAGAGACGAUGAGGCUCUUGCCAUCAACUGCGUGGGCACCUUACACACUGUGGGGGCGGUGGAGAACCGCAGGGAUGCCGUGCUGGCGGCGUUCCGGAGGCUGAGACCGAAGAUCGUAACGGUGGUAGAGGAGGAGGCCGAGCUGGACAGCGUUGGAAUUGGAAUGGAGGAGGAGGGGGGUUUUGACUUCUUCAGGGGAUUCCAGGAGUGCGUGAGGUGGUUCAGGGUGUACCUGGAGUCACUGGACGAAUCGUUCCCGAGGACCAGCAACGAGCGGCUGAUGCUGGAGCGUGGCGCUGGGCGUGCCCUGGUGGACCUCCUGGCCUGCCCACCAGCCCAAUCCAGCGAGAGUCGCGAGUCGGGGGCCCGCUGGUCCCGUCGGCUGAGGGAGAUCGGGUUCAACCCGGUCCCCUUCAGCGAUGACGUGUUGGAUGACGUGCGUGCGCUGCUCCGGCGGUACAGAGAGGGCGUGUGGUCCAUGACGACUACAAGCACACCGGCCUUUUCCGACGCCGGCAUAUUCCUGGCCUGGAAAGACCAGCCGGUCGUGUGGGCUAGCGCCUGGAGGCCUUUUUCGUAGCAAUACUUUUACAGUUGAUGCCUUCCUCCCCAGUUUCGAGUUUGGAUCGUCAGUGUACGUAGGGCUUUCGAUCCUCCUGCUGGCUUGUUAAGUCUUGUUAGCUGCGUGAUGAUCAUGGGCCUCAGCCUCCCACCGGCUCCAGAAGUGAGAUCCCGAUUAGUGACAAUGUAGGACCCUCUCCAGUCUCCACCCAGCUCGAAGGAACAGCGAGCCAAGGACGACGUCCUACCCUACAGAGUGGACAAGCAGUAUCACCGUGGCCCUGACGGCCAUGGGGACUGCACUCGACGUACUCAAUUAGAGUUUGGAUGGGAGAGGGGAGGGAGAGCUUUGUACUUUACACGUGCAUGCAUGAAAUAACCAUCAUGCAUCUUUCAACUCAACUUUCUUUCUCUCCGGGUAUGUACUAGUACGUGGUACAAUCUAAUGGCGGUUUGCGAUUGCAGGAAUCGAAAGAAAUUGAAGAUGUAGGGGUAACGGCGAUUGCCCGAUUGUGUUUUUUCUUUUUUCUUUUUUCUUUUUUUUCUUUUUUUUUCUUUUUUAAAUGGUAGGGGUGGGGAAGAAGGAUAGGAGGGGUUGAUUGAUUAAUUUGCUUGAAAUUCAUGAAUACAACUGAAGCAAAGCAAUACAUUCACAUCCACAUUGUUUUCAA